AUGGCUACUACUAAAACGGCAAAACCAGAUCUCACAAAGCUUCCCGGCUACUCGGGAACAUUAAAAGAGCUCCCAGUGAAAGACAGCUUAUAUACGGUUCCCGGAUCGUUCAAAUUCUAUUUCAAGGGUAACUCGGCUGAGUACUAUGAAAAGCAAUUACUAUCGAAUCUUCCGUUUUAUCCAGAACCAAACGAGAAUCGUCGUGCCGAAGUGGUUAACACUCCGGUUGACGAUAAAGGUAAUUACAUUCACGAGUUCUAUAUAGAGAACACAGCCUCGUACGACCAAAACGGUGAGGAUCCACCUGAAAUUGUUCUCAUACAUGGAUAUGGAGCUGCACUUGGUUUCUUUUUCACUAACUUUGAAGGCCUUACUUCUAUUCCGGGUACUAAGCUUCAUGCCAUCGAUAUGUUGGGCUUUGGGUUAUCCAGUAGACCCAACUUUCCUAGAAUCAAAGCAGAUUCUGUGGACAAUGUGAAGAAGGCCAAUGGCUUUUUCAUUGAUUCGCUAGAAAAAUGGAGGAUUUCAAGAGGAAUCAAUGCCCCAUUUGUUCUUAUGGCUCAUUCGUUAGGCGGGUACUUGGCUUGUGCUUACUAUUUGAAGUAUGGCAAAGGAAAAGUAUCGAAAAUGGUGAUGAUUUCUCCUGUGGGUGUUGAAAGAAGCGAUUUGUCACUUUUGAAUGAUUCCAACGGGACCCCAGAACAGGACAAAAGUGUUGACGAGCAGUAUAGAAUUGCCAGAGAGCAAGGAGUGGACGUUAAAAGAGAAAUUAGCGGCACGAUGAUGCCUAAAGAAGAGGAGCAAGAGAAUGAAACCACAAGCAAGGCUAUAGAUGAUCGUCUCUCUAUUGCUUCAGAUGCCUCGGAGGACGAAAUAAGCAGCCUGAUGACUCAGGUCCGUGGUAGAGUACAACCAGGAAAGCUUCUUACCGGUAUGUGGGAGAAGAACUUUUCACCUUUGCAACUUGUGAGAAUAAUGGGACCGUUUGCCGCUAAGCUCACAUCCAUCUGGGUCGGAAGUCGUUUCUCCAAGGUGGAAAAUGAAACUCAGAUCCGUCAGGUUACAGAUUAUAGUACCAAGAUUUUCCUCACCAAAGGAUCUGGUGAAUAUGGACUCACACGCAUCCUUGCACCUGGCGCUCUUGCUCGAAUUCCGCUUUUGGACGUAAUUCCGAAGAACAUCGAUAUAGAUACAUUGUGGUUGUACGGACAGUACGACUGGAUGUCUAAGAAGGAUGGAUACAAGAUUUGCAACGAAAUCAACAGUUACACGAGAGACAAGAAGCAUGGCCAUGCCAAAUUCCGGAUUAUCAGUAACGCUGGCCAUCACUUAUACGUGGAUAACAGAAAGGAUUUUGAAUACCAGGUGAUGAAAUUUGUCAGAGGGGGAGAAACAAGGCAGCACAGUAGUAUGGGUGGAUCUACAAACUUCGAGGGCUCCAGUGAACCCAGUACUAUUAUCGAACCUGGUGAGUUUGAAUGA